GAAACGCGCUGUUGAGAUAUAUAAGCAUCAAACAGUAAAUCUCCUCCCGCUCCUCCAUCUCAAAAGGGCUCUACUCGUCUCCCGCGCAGCGUAAAGAACUUAAUGAAGACCAAAUUUCUGAGAAAUUUGUAUACUUUGCUCGUUAAAUUGUCACCGGAUGAUUGCUCGCAUCAAAAUAUGUUAAGGGAUGAUGCAGUUUCCAUGGCAGUGACAAACAAGUGGUUCAGAACUAGGAUCAAAUUCUUGGAAAUUACUUGUCUUUUUGAUCUUCUUUUCCAAAAACUUAAUCAAGAAUUCGAGCUGUUGAUCUCCGGUUCCAGCUUCAUCCCUCCUUCAACCACCUUUGAAGACAAGGAUAUCUUGCAAUUAGACAAAGGUUGUUCACAUGAAGAAUUCUUGUUACUCUUGAGAUGUUGUAUGACCAUGUUGAAUUUUCUUGAGUUCGAUCAAAGCCUUAUUUUAGAGAAAUGCCAAAUCCUCAAUGGAAUUCUUAGGAGGUUAGGCCACCUGCUGGAUAUGUUUUCAUGUCAUUGCCACUUUGAGUUAGAAAUUGCUCAAAAGGUUUCUGACUCAGAGAGCAUAGCUCUUCAUCGAUGCACUUUUGCCCAUGGAGGUAUGAUGUUAGCUGCUGGUGCACUACCUUCUUUCUCAUGCAGAAUAUUAGAGGUAUUCAUACAUGACCUUUUGCUGCAUCAACAAUUCAGAAAGCAUGUUGUCAUUACCGAUUAUGUUACAGAGACGCCAGCCAAAUUGUUUGCAUCUCAUUGUGAUCCUGGUGAUUUGAGUGUGAUUUUGGAGGUUGUUUCUUUUCAUUUUCUUCUAUCAGUUUGUGAUGAAAGGGCUUCCUUGAGAUUCAUUCAGUCUCUCUCUUGGUCAACUGGAUUUCUUGAGACUACUGAACUGGGUGUAUCUGCAACUCUAGCUUUGUUCGGCAUUCCUGUGAUGUUUACAGCACCAUAUAUACUUCAGGCACAUUUAAUUUUAUUAGCAUCUAAGUGUAUAGGUCUUCUCAUGCCUAAUGAUGAUGGGAAACCAGAUGAUGCUACCUUCGAGUCUUACAUGUCAGCAUUUGAACUGUCGGUAAACCUUUAUGGACGCUACAUGUCUGUUUUGGAAUCCACUGAGUUGCCCAGCAGGGAUGAGGUGGCGACAAGUAGCUUGAAAGAACCCAACUUUGGAUCUUAUAUCAAACUGAGUACAAAAGACAAAAUCAAUGUUCAAAUUCAGAACUUGGUUGAUUUCUGUGAGACACACUUAUCUGGUUUCCUCUCUGGAAAUAUGGAUCAGUUCCUAAAUGAUUCUUUUUCUUACAUCAGUGAAAACCAACAGAUUAUAGAUUUAUCCUGUCGAGAGAAAGGCUCUUUAAUGCUUAAUUGCUUAGUAUCUAAUAUUCUUUCUAAACAAACUGCAAUGAACAAAAUGCCUCGUAAAGAUGGAAGAAUCCUGCAAGUGGAAUGUUGCCUUGCUGCUGUGUUGAAGUUGAUGAGUUCCUCACUCCUGAAAAUUUUAUGGUUUUUGAAGCAAAACUCCUGUCUUGGAGGCAAGAGAACUCCAACUGAUAAUCAUUGCAGUGAAUAUAAAUUUGUUACAAGUGUUAUUCACUCUUUUGGGAAAUACAAUGCACAUAGAUAUGUUAAAAAUAUCUUAUUCAAUGAAUGUGAUGCACUAACUGAAAGGCACAAGGAGAUAGAGCUGUUGUUUGAACAUUUGUCCAGCUUGGCAUUAUAUAGUUUCACCAGAAGGCUCACAUUCUUGUGGAAUGGAUGCAUUUUCAUGAUGAUGACUAUUACAAACCUUUUUCAAUUUGAAAAGGACAAAUUUGUUGCACUCAGCCAAUUGCUUGGUUACACACAUGAAAACUCAAAAACUCAAUUUUCUGCUCCAAAAAGUUUGCAGGAUAAGGUACUGCAGAGUUCAAGUUUACAUAUUGCAUCAAAUUUGCAAACUUUGCGGAAACUCUACUUGAGGAACAAAUUGAACUCCUCUCCCUGUGGUGAUGAAUGCAUGGAUAUUGGACAGAGCAGAAAAGAUGGUGAGCAAGAUGAGGACGCAGACAACACAAAUGUUCCAGGUGUAGGAGAACAUGCCGAUGAAGCUGAUGUUUGCAAUGGAAGGGGUUUUUUAGAUUGUCUAUCUGGAUAUCAAAACGGUCCCUCUGAGUGGGAAGGCUUGGUUGACUUCAUUGAAUGUAAACCUGGAAAGGAUUAUUCAAACUGGUUGAGAAGUCGGAAAGUUUUCAGGAAGUGGCAGAAUGGAAGGAUUGCAGUCAGAAGAAAAUGGCGGAGAAAGGUAAAGAGAAGGAGAAAAAUCUUCUAAUUUGAUUGCUUUGAAAAAAAAAACUUUUGUUUCGAUGUACUAUGUCAAGGCUAGAUAUUCUCAACUGUUUUUAUCAUCAGUGAAUUAUCGAACUCAUCGAACUGCUCAGCUCCUGUAAACAACCAAGAGCAGCUUCUCAGAGCGCAACUAGAAUUUUCGAAAUUGAUCUGUAUUAUUGGAAAGUUCUGUAUUGUGAUUGCUCAUGCUUAAAUCUUCCAUGUUAACUUUUGUUAACUUUUGUUAACAUGUACAAGAUUUGAGUAUCAACCAUCUUUGAUAAGAAAAAACGAUAAGUUUGUUCUCGCAC